GGGGAAAAAAUGAAUAGAUAAAGAACGAUGAAUAAAGAAGAUAGAAAAAAUGAAAUUAAUAGAAAUUUUCUUAUUUAUUGUUAAUUUUUUUUUCGAACUUUUGCAUUAAAAUCAUUCUCGAAUUUAUUCACAGCAAUUAAGCGAAAAUUUCCUGAUAAAAAUGACAGAAACUCGACUACCGCCUCGCUCCUUUGUUACUGAUGAAAAUUCCCUAUGGAUAAUAGCAACGGAGGGAGUGCGAAAAAAAUGGCUUCCACGCCUGAGCAAGUUGUGUGCACUCCAACUUUUGUCUUUCCAACAACCUUUCCAGUUAAUGGUUUCCAGCUAUGGAAGGACGAUCAGAAAGAUGUUUUGACCCUCUGCAAUAGUUCAGCGCCUUGGCCUGAUUAUAGAGGAUUUGAUCCUCGUUCUCACUUGGCUAAUUUCCACGUUGCUGCAGCCGUAAGUCAGUCUCAACCCUUGCAGCAUCCUGAUGAUUCUUCAAAACAAAAAGGUGGUAACAGAGGUGGAAUAAAAAAUCAUCUUUCUAACCAGAAUGACUUUUCAGCUACCAGGAAUUUACUUGUAGCUGCAGCUUCUGCACCACCGGCUUUUCCGGGGAUUGACUCUGGAUUAAAAAUUCCUAAUCCUAAUUUAGAUAAGCAAUCUCAACAACAGCAGCCUCAACCUCCUCCUCCACAGCAACAACAGCAGCAGCCACAACCUCAGCAACAGCAGCAGCAACAACAAAAUCAGCAACAACAUCCACAACAUCAUCACCAACCACACGACGAUAAUAACCUUGGUGAAAAAGAGCGAUCGUGGCCUUGCCCUUCUUGUAAAGUUCCCUUUAAACAAGCAUCUGAACUCCAGGCUCAUUUAUCUGCUCACACAAAGGGUGAGAAAACUGUGCCGUGUGACAUUUGUGGAAAAUAUUUUGCUUCGGGAGACAGGGUUCGCAUUCACGUUAAAGCAGCUCAUGGUGAGAAAUCCUGUUCAUGUGAAAUCUGUGGUAGUGGUUUUAGUUAUCGUUGUAAGCUUCUUGACCAUAUGCGAACCCACACGGGCGAUAAGCCUUUCCACUGUGAGGUAUGUGGAAAGAGCUUCUCUCAGAAAAAUCAUCUCACUCGCCAUUCCAUGAUACAUACAGGUGAACGUCCAUAUCCUUGUGAUUUUUGUGGCAGAGGUUUCUAUAGGAAAGAUAAAUUGACAAGACAUAGAAGAAUUCAUACAGGGGAAAGAGUGACAGGGCAGCCUAGAAGACGUGGGGGUGGCCAUUUCAAUUCAAAAAUGGCUCAAGGUGCAGCUCGUCACAGUAGGGGCAUGGGUCAUCAUGGCAGCACUUCAAGUCAGAAUAACAAUGGUCCUAAUAAUGCUUCUGCAAAUGCAAAUGCAAUUAAGAUGGAACCAGCAAUGCCUGAACCAAACCCUAGCACUACUUCAAGCACAAGUUUAAGUUUUGCUCCUUCAACGUUAACUCCAACUAUUAGCACUAGCCAUUAUAGAGCCUCUCCUUAUAAGCCAGAAUGGCCUAAUCCUCCUUCUGGUGUUCAUUAAAUAAUGACUUCUUUUCUUAAUUUCUUAGUUAUGUGUUACCAUAUUUUUAAAAUAAUCUCACUCACUAAAAGACUUAUGUGCCAGUUGUACUUUUAAAAGAAAAGAACAAAGUUUUUUUUUUUUUUUUCCUGUUUCGUUUUCCUCCGAGGGACAGUAAUACACAUUACAUAGUUAAACUUUUUGACUGAUUAAUAUGAAUUUUUUAAAAUUCUUAUGUAAAAAAAAUUGCUUUUUAUAUGUUUUAAACUGGAAAAGAAAUCAUAUUUGCUUGUAUACUUUUUUGCAAAACAUAAAUAAAUUUUUUAAAAGCAGAGUAUUUCAUAAAUCCAUUUCUUAGUAAAGUUUAGUUUUCACAUGCAUUUGAUUAUAAAAGCUCUCUCUAGUAUUAUCAGGCGGGAAGAGGAAAUUUAAAAUUAAUGAUGAUAUUUUAUGAAUUGUUUAGAAUAGAACUACAUGUGUGGAAAAUCGAAAAUUAAGCAGUUCCAUUAUUUGUUUUACCAUUAUUUUUUCAUUAGUCAAGUUAUAAGAACGUAGUUUUUCUUUCUUAAUAUAAAUGUACCAAAUGCUGUUAUUGUAGUAGGCAACUUUUUGAAUUCUAAGUUAUAAAUUGUGUUUUUCCAUUACCAUUUCCAUUAUUUUAAUACUUGUGUUGACUAGCCCCAAUAUAUAUAUUUAUAGACUUCACAUUACAACUGUUCUAUGCAAAGUAUCAUUGUACAUAAUUCAAUAUAUUUUGUUUUCACUAAAAAAAAGUUGCAGAUUUUUCUUUCAUUUGAAAAGUUAAGCCUGAAUGGAAGAAAACGAAAAUUAAAUAAAAAUAUAUUAUUUAUUUGAACGUAAAAGAAUAUAUUCUGUUUGAUGCAUCAGUUUAAGUGGUUUUAUUCUUACUUUUUCUUUAUUAUUCACUGAAAAAUAUUAUGAUUUCUGCAAAAAAUUGUGUUGAAUUUAUGUGACCCGGAAAGACAUUAUUAGUAUUUAUUUUGUCUUUGUACAAAAGUGGUAUCUUUUUAAUUAUUAUUUCUUCCAAAAGUAGUUUAAUUCUAAUGAAGUUGCUGUCUGCUAUUUUAUUAAAUAUAUGGUUUACUCAAUUUUAUUCUUGUAAUAACAGUGCUAUUUUUAUUUGUGAUUGUUGUAAAAUUUCUUAUUAUUGAAAUGUAGCAUAUUAGUGAAAUUUUAAUUGAGAGGUAGUUUUAACUAAAACAUUGUUUUAUGGAAAUGGUUGUAUUACAUCAAUUUUUCAUCUGUAUGCAGUCCGAAUACAGUUAAGCAGUAUUAUGUAUGAAUUUGUAUUGAAUUGUAAUAUGUAAUGAUUGACAUCUAUUUUUUAGGCACAGAGUUUUUAUAUAAGAUGUUUUCCCAUGCAAUACUUGAUGACCGGACAAAAGCCCAUUGGAUGAAAGUGCAUACGACAGAAAACCCAAAUCGCUCUUAAGCCAUAAAAAUCAAUUCAACAGCAGUAUUACAAAAUUAUUUAAAAAGAGCAUAUCUUCAGAAUUUCCAAUACAGAGUCUCACACACUGAAGAUAAAAAUUGCCCCCACCCUCCAUACAUUGUUGCACCUUGAAGCCGUUUAGUUUGUUAAUCAAAAGUUCCUAAACGUUUUACAAAAUAUGAAACAGAUAAUAAAACAAAUUCCAAAUUUGGGCUUCCAGAUGCCCAUAUUCAGGUGGAGGAUUACGUAAUUCAAAAUUG